AUGAGCUAUAAUGGAUCGGCCAUGGUGGCCAUGGUCGGAAAAAACUGCGUGGCUAUUGCAGCUGAUCAACGUCUCGGUGCCCAAUUGAUGACAGUCUCUACUGACUUUCAAAAGAUAUUUCCAGCAACAGCGAAAAGCUAUAUUGGGCUCGCUGGCUUGGCUACUGACGUCCAAACCUUAUCCGAAAAAUUUCGGUUUAAGAUUAAUAUGUAUAAGUUACGUGAAGAACGUGAAAUUGAACCGCGCACUUUGUCACAUAUGGUAUCUUCAACAUUGUACGAAAGAAGGUUCGGUCCUUAUUUUGUUGAACCAGUAAUUGCUGGCCUUGACAAGAACAAUCAACCAUUUGUAUGUGCGAUGGAUCUGAUCGGUUGUGUUGAUAUUGCGCGAGAUUUUGUGGUGGCUGGGACGGCUUCUGACAGCUUGUUUGGAAUGUGUGAAUCUUUAUGGGAACCUGAUUUGGAACCGGAAGAUUUAUUUGAAACAAUUUCACAAGCAUUAUUAAAUGCUGUUGAUAGAGAUUGUCUAAGUGGUUGGGGUGCUGUUGUUCAUGUUAUAACUCCCGAGAGGGUGAUUACUCGUAAUCUUAAAGCCCGUAUGGACUAA